CAAAAUCAGAGAGCUAGCUUAGCCUAGGCUAGCCGCAAGAAGAGCAGUGAUAAUAUCUUGGUUUUAUUUAUUAUUUGAUUACAAUAAAAUGGCGGGUUUAUAUACCAGGUAUCCGUUGUAUGUGGCAGGGAACCCUCAACUCCGAGUGUUUUUUCCAAAGUUUUGGAUGAAAUUAGUGAGAGGACGGGAAACAACUCCUCCCAAUGUUGUUACUUUUCAGUGUCCGGUAGAAAUGACCAAGUUUGAUAUACAAAACUACCUGGAGAAGAUUUAUGGUGUGGAUGUUGCCCAGGUAAACACUUUCAUCAAAUACAUUGGCCUACAACGAGACCAUCGUAACCGGAGAUUUAAACCAAAAGAUGACUACAAAAUUGCAUUUGUAACACUAGCUGCAGGUCAGACAUUCAAAUUUCCUGACCUAUUCCCAAAAAAAGAAGAUUCAGAGGAGAAAAUAAUUGAAGAAGUAAAACAGAAGCAAAAGGAAAGUGUAAAGCUAAUGAGAAGCAGAGGAGGAGUGCCGAGCUGGUUUGGUAUAUGACACACCAAAGAAUUAUCAGUGUUGAAGUCAGGAAAACCAUAUUUUAUUGACUAUUGCUUGUUGUCAAGGGACCACUAAGAAUGGUGGAGUAGAUUUAGCAAGAACACAUGAAAUGAAUGCAGAUGAGGAAUGGACUGGAUAUGGGAAAAACUGAAGUUAAAAAGUUGGAUGCAGUGGCAUGUCUAGGAGUCUUGAAUGGGGGGAGGACUGUUGGAGGGCAUGAAGGUGAAGUGGGGCCUUGAUGAUUAGGUGGGGGACGCAGUUGCUCACGAAAUGAGGUGAUUUGGGGGGGGGGGGGGCGACGGGGGCGCCAACCACUGGGGUUGUGCGCAAGUAUUUGUUGGAGAACUGCGCACACCCUUGAUAUGCCACUGGUUGGAUGCGGACUUCCUUUGGAAAUUAUUGUUUUUCGUAGAAGUUUAGAGGCAUUUUUAUUUGGGAUGUUGAAUACAAGGUUUGAGCAAUCAACAUACCAUGAGCCUUUCCUGGUAAACGAUACCGGCACACUAAAUACUGAAUGUUUAAUUAUCUUCACAUCUGCAGACUUGAUAGUGGUGUUUUGAAGUGCUUGAAUUGGUGCUUGAUUCGUUGAGUAAACACAAUUUUUUUAAUAAUGAGACUGAUACCUUUUGCAGACUUUUUAGUGUUAUACAUAUUAUUACAGUAUUAAUUAAAUCACAAGAGAUUCACCCAAGGCAAGUGUUGUAGCAGAAUAUUGACUAAUUGAAUUGAUAGUUGAAAAUUGUGACACAGUAUCUCUUCUUGAAAAUCAAUGUGAAAAAGUGAAAUACAGUACUUCGAAUUUCUCUCUUUUAAAUAUCAUUAGUAAACUUCUUCCAACUUGGUAAUCAUGACCUGUAGUAUACAGUUAAACUUGCCUAAGUCCACUUUGCCUAACUCAAAUAAUUUUAAGUCUAUCUUAUUUUACCUGCCAAAUUGUUGUUUUCCAUUCAAUAACAAUCUGCAAGUCAAACUUUAUCUUCAAGUCGAAUCAUUUUUCAAUGGCAUUUUUGAUUUGACUAAUAGGCAAGUUCAACUGUAUUAUCAAUAUUUUAUAUAAGGUCAUGUAUUUUAAGUCACCAGAAAUAUUUUGAAAACCUCUCAACCUAGGUCAACAAGAU